AUGAUCGAUUUUUCGUUGUCGCCGGAGCAGCUGGCCCUGCGCAAUGCUAUUAGGGCAUUUGCCGAAGCUAAUCUUAAGACAGCCCGAUCUGUGUACGAGUCUCCAGGACAAACCUCCUCAAAGUGGGAAAACAGGUUCCGCUCAACUCAACCCAUCUACGCAGAGGCAGCAAAAGCCGGCUUGAUAAAGGCUCAGAUUCCGAAGCAGCUUGGUGGAGCAGGCGGCCCUUUAAUUGAGGCGGCGCUGGUUGUAGAAGAAUUUUAUGCGGUCGACACCAGCGCAUCUCUGACAAUCCUCGGAACUGGUCUCGGCUUGACCCCUUUGAUCUUGGCAGGAUCACCAGAGCAGCAUAAGAAGUUCUUCAAGCCUUUCCUCGAGGGUGCAGGGACCCCCUUGGCCAGUCUCGUAUUCUCAGAACCCGGAGGAAGUGCAAACUUUGCAGAACCAGGCGCGCCAGGGUUCCAGACUGUUGCUCGCCUGGAAGGAGACGAAUAUGUCAUAAGCGGCGAAAAGAUCUGGGCAACGAACUGUUCGGGUUGGGAUGAUAGAGGCGCCGAUGUACAAUGUGUGUUAUGCCGUGUUAUUGGCUCAGCCUCCACCGAGGAUGUUCGAGGCCAGACAGCCAUCAUCGUUGUCACACGAGAAGACAUAGCGAGCAAUGAUCCUGGAGCAUACUCUGUCCUUUCACAUCCAGAGACCGUUGGACUAAGAGCUGUCAACGGACCACAUAUUCGCUUCAAAGACUUGCGAGUGCCGAAGUUCAAUCUCCUUGCUCCCCCAGGCAAAGGGGUGGACGUGGUAGAAAUGACCUUCACUGCAUCGGCUGCCAUUGUAGGCGCGAUGGGUGUCGGAAUCAUGCGACAAACGUUCGAUCGUGUUCUUGCCUGGGCUAAGGAGAAUCGUCGCGGGUCCAAGGAAGCGAUGAUUCAUAAGCAGAGCGUGGCAGACCUGUUGAUCAAGAUCAAGAUCCGAUGUGAGGCCGCACGCGCUCUGGUCUGGAAAGCCGCAUGCUGUUUCGGCAGUACCCAAUUCGGAGCGGAGCUUUGCUACGAAGCUAAAAUCUUCGGAUCUGAAAGCGCUGUCGCGUCUGUUAUGGAUGCCAUCAACCUGGUGGGAGUCUCGGCAUACUCUCGAAGUCAACCUUUUGGCGACCUGUUGAAUGACGCGGUGGUCUUGCCAAUUUUCGAUGGGGGUAAUGUGGGAGUGCGAAGGCGACAGAUCGAGGCCAUCUUUGCCAAUGACGCGUAUGAUCCGUGGGAGACGACCUUCGGGGCCGACGAGUAA